AUGAAGUUUUAUAAAAUGUCGUUGUUCUUAUAUGAUGAGUCUCGAUUUGGACCUGCAGGAAUAAUAACUGAUGGAGGCGGAUUUCCAGUCUCUUCACUUGGAAAAAGCUUUACAAGGCUUAGUAGAAUCAGUGGCCAAGCUCCACCAAGAAAUACCCUCUGUCUAUUAUCAGAAAAUGUCUCUAAUAUCUGGCUUCCAGGCUGGGAUUUAAUGUGUAGAAGUGUCAGAAAUAAUAUUAACUUGGGAGGAGGUGUUUCUUGCAUCAAUUUAAUGAUUGGAUUUGAUCCUAGUACCUUAAGUUAA